UGCUGGCAGCGGCCGGCCGGGCAGCCGGAGCCCGAGGUGGCGGCGCUAUGGCGGGCGGCCCGCAGGAGAACACGCUGCUGCAUCUCUUCGCCGGCGGAUGUGGAGGAACGGUUGGUGCCAUCUUUACUUGUCCCUUAGAAGUAAUAAAGACUAGGCUCCAAUCUUCAAAACUGGCCUUUCGGACUGUCUAUUACCCACAAGUCCAGCUGGGGACCAUCAGUGGUGAAGGAAUGGUCAGGCCAACAUCUGUUUCACCUGGGCUCCUUAGCGUUCUUAAGUCAAUUCUGGAAAAAGAAGGACCAAGGUCACUCUUCCGAGGUCUGGGUCCAAACUUGGUUGGAGUUGCACCAUCGAGAGCUGUCUACUUUGCGUGCUACUCCAAAGCCAAAGAGCGAUUUAAUGGCAUUUUUGUACCCAACAGCAACAUUGUGCAUGUCUGUUCUGCAGGUUCUGCAGCCUUUAUCACAAAUACCCUGAUGAAUCCUAUAUGGAUGGUGAAAACCAGAAUGCAACUGGAACGGAAAGUCAGAGGUUCAAAACCAAUGAAUGCUCUGCAGUGUGCUAGAUACGUGUACCAGAUGGAAGGUAUCCGUGGUUUUUAUAGAGGAUUGACUGCCUCCUAUGCUGGGAUUUCUGAGACCAUUAUCUGCUUUGCUAUUUAUGAAAGUUUAAAAAAGCACUUAAAAGAAGUCCAGCUGCCCUCCUCUUCUUCUAACGGAACUGAAAGGAGCUCCACAAACUUCUUUGGACUGAUGUUUGCUGCUGCUGUUUCCAAGGGCUGUGCCUCUUGUAUUGCUUAUCCACAUGAGGUCAUACGGACACGGCUGCGAGAAGAAGGCACUAAGUACAAGGCCUUCAUUCAGACAGCACGGCUGGUAGCACGUGAGGAAGGCUACCUCGCCUUCUAUAGAGGACUUUUUGCCCAGCUCAUCCGGCAGAUACCAAACACAGCCAUUGUGUUGUCCACUUACGAGUUAAUUGUGUAUCUGUUAGAAGACCGUGCAAAGUAGCAGAGCCACGACUGCUGUUACUGACUGCAGACCAAUUUCUUCGUUGAACAAACAGUCCUUAAUGACUGACGCAGGUUGCAUUGUUGGUGGAAGAACUGCAAGUCUGUGAUCACCUGCUGAAUGUUUUCCUUUUGGAUUCAUGCUUUCUGAAAGGUUUUGAGUCAUUAACGUUAAUAGUUAAUUAUAACUUUUUUUUAACUUAAUGAUAAUUAAGCAGCUACUAAAUUAAAUUACACUAUUUAAUUUAAGUAUAUGUUUGUCCUUUUUCCUUAAGCACAGCCAUUGUGGUCAAGGAAUGUACCUCAUACCAUCAAGUGGUCUCUUGGACUGAUGUUCAUUAAACUGUAUUAAAACUGAAGAACUGGCUUGGAAUUUUGAAACUUAGUCUUCCUACCACUACAGUUGUAUCAUCUUUUAGCACUAAACUGAAACAAACACUGCAGCCUUUGAGCCCGGCUUCAUUCUUCCCUGCUGCUGAACAGAACAGUAAGCUUCUCAUGAUCUGAGCAGGUGUUGAGCUCUUGAGCAUAAGCAAAUGUUCAUGGACAUCUUUGACUUCAAGGAGCACAUACAGCAGAGAUGUUUUUUGGACUUGGAAGGAUCAUGCAAAGCAUUAAGAAACAGCCUGUUAGUGAGUAGGGUUGUCUUUUGUGAGAGAAAGCUUUCAGGUUAAUAUUUGCAGAAAUACAAUGGAUUCAAACCUA